CUUCUUUGGGUUAUUUAUUGAAUCAUUGAAAGUUACGCCGCGACCCAACUUUGAACCCGGUGGAUCUGCCGAUAACAGAUCUUCACGUGACAUUCCACUUCAUCAACAAACACUGCAUACAUUGAUCGAUCACCAACUGCAUCAUCACCCACCACCCUCCCUCAAUCUCAACCUCCACCACACUACACCAACAACCUCAAAAAUGUCCACCCCCUCCCCAAACACGGAAGAAGAAACCGAAUCCCUCGAUUCCGAAAUCUCCACCAUCCGCGCCCAACUGAAAGCCCUCCACCACCGCCGCCGCAUCCUAACCAACAGCCUCCUCACCUCGCGGCCCCUCCAACGCCUCGCCAAAUCCCACCCCUCCCAGACCACCGCAACCAUCGCCGGAACCCCCCCGAAAUGGCCCGACCUCUCCCCGCUCCUGCACACCUCCGCCCGCCACGCCGACCUCAACCACCACCGCAUCGCCUUCUCCACCACCGCCUUCCCCUUCACCGAUCCGGCGCCUGGCCCCUCCGCGGCUAAGAAUUUGCUGGGAGUGCGGAUUGACAUCUGCGCCCGGGACGGGUCGUACGUGAAGCCGUAUUAUAUUCUGUUGCGGCGGGUGGGGCUACACACCCCGAAUAAUGAGGCGGAGCGGCAGCAGCAGCAGCAGCAGCAGCAGACGGGUGCGAGGGGCAGGGGGAAUAGGGUGCUGUGCGUGCAUCGGCAUACGGUGCCGGCGGUGGUGGAUCUGGGGGCGUUGGAGCGGGUGUAUCUGCCGCGGGCCAAGGCUGCUGAUGCCGUGGGAGAGGAGGGGGAAGGGGAAGGCGAACAGCAACACGAAAAAGAAGAGGCAGCGCCGCGCAAGCCGUGGAAGCACCAACCACGCAAGCAGAAUCUGAGGGGAUUCCUGCGCGAGGUCAGGCGGCAGUUGGUCGUGUGGCAUGUGCGCUGUGACGGGGUCCGGUAUCUGCGGGAGCGGCUGGGGGUGGUUCGCCGGGGAGCCGAUUCCGACGAGGAGAACGGCGUCUGGGAGCGGGAUGUGCUGGCGGAAGACCCGAUUCAAGAAACCAAGAUCGCGAAGAAUGCGCUGGGCAUCGUCGCGUUGGGGGCCACCGCGCUGGAGGCGGUCUAUGUGCGCGUCGAGUGGGAGGACGGCCGGGUCGGGCGGUUCAAGAUCUCCAAUGCGGGGUUGGUGGAGCGGGCGGUCGUGAUGGGGGACAAUGGGCGGGAUAAGUUGAUGGAGGCGGUUAUGACGGGCGGCAAUGGGAGGUUGGAGACGUUGCUGGAUCGGUUGAGGAAAUCCGCGGCUGAGUCGAAGGUGUCUGCUGCGGCCUCGGUGGAGGAUGGUGCGUCGCAGACGGCGUCGGAAGCGUGAUGCUGAUGGCUUCUUCGUGUUGUGUGGUUCUAUGUGCUGUGCCUACUAGCGAGUCCUUUUCUUAUACCUACCCAAGUUCAGGCUGUAUCGUAUUUCAAUUAAAAUCUAUUAUUCUGUC